GAUCACUACGGCGCGUUGGGGUUGGCGACGAAGCGAUACUUGGCGACGAAGGAGGAAAUUCUUGAAAAGCAUCGCUGGUUGACGAUCGCGUUGCAUCCGGAUAAGCGCGGGGUGGCGCAAGUCGACGCCGUCGAAGCCGAGCGCAUUGAACAGCGCUAUAAGGCUGUCGUGACGGCGAUGGAAGUCUUGACGGAUAAGGCGAGAAGACGGGAGUUUGAUUCCGUCGAUGCGCCGGAUUACAAGUUCCCAUCCUCGUGCGAAGAGGGUGAGUUUUUCGAGACCUUUAUGCCGCACUUUCACUUGUUGUCUCGCUUUAGCGAAACCAAGCCGGUGCCGAUCUGUGACGACCCGGAUGCGCCGUAUGAAGACGUGCGUAAACAUUACAUUUUCUGGGCGGCGAAGUUCAAUUCGUGGAGAGAAUUCCCGCACGAAAAAGAAAACGACACGGAGACGGCGCACGACCGCGACCAUCGUCGUCAAAUGGAAAAGGAAAACAGAUCCCUUCGCGCCGAAUCGAAGAAGAAGGAACAAGCUCAGAUUCGUGCUUUCGUCGAGGCCGCGCAAAAGUACGAUCCUCGAUGCAUCAAGCAACGCGCCAUUGAAAAGGCUGCGCGCGAUGCGAAGAAGAUGAGCCGCAACAAUAGCGCCCGCCAGCUCGCCGAAGAGGACGAGAAGGCCAAGGCUGAGGCUGAGGCCGCCGCGAAGGCUGCAGCCGAAGCCAGCAAGGCCGACAAGGCGAACGCGAAGAAGGAGCUCGAAAAACUGAAAAAGGCGCUCCGUAAAGAAAAACAG